CCUGAUGCGCUUGACAGUCCCCAGCGGGCGGGGAGUCAGCUGAUCUUGGUUGGAGUUGCGCUGCGUGCCUGCGGGUCCGGGUUCUCCGGUCCUGCCGCCCCCUGCGCAGCCAUGUCGUUCUUCCCGGAGCUUUAUUUCAACGUGGACAAUGGCUACUUGGAGGGACUGGUUCGCGGCCUGAAGGCUGGGGUGCUCAGCCAGGCCGACUACCUCAACCUGGUGCAGUGCGAGACGCUCGAGGACCUGAAACUGCACCUGCAGAGCACUGACUAUGGCAACUUCCUGGCCAAUGAGGCGUCACCACUGACAGUGUCAGUCAUUGAUGAUCGACUCAAGGAGAAGAUGGUGGUAGAGUUCCGCCACAUGAGGAACCACGCCUAUGAGCCACUCGCCAGCUUCCUGGACUUCAUUACUUACAGCUACAUGAUUGACAACGUGAUCCUACUCAUCACGGGUACGCUGCACCAGCGCUCUAUCGCCGAGCUUGUGCCCAAGUGCCACCCACUAGGCAGCUUCGAGCAGAUGGAGGCCGUGAACAUUGCACAGACACCUGCCGAGCUCUACAAUGCCAUUCUAGUGGACACGCCCCUUGCGGCUUUUUUCCAGGACUGCAUCUCAGAGCAGGACCUUGAUGAGAUGAAUAUUGAGAUCAUCCGGAACACUCUCUACAAGGCCUACCUGGAGUCCUUCUACAAGUUCUGCACCCUACUGGGCGGGACAACGGCCGAUGCCAUGUGCCCCAUCCUAGAGUUUGAAGCAGACCGCCGCGCCUUCAUCAUCACCAUCAACUCCUUUGGCACAGAGCUGACCAAGGAGGACCGUGCCAAGCUCUUUCCGCACUGCGGGCGGCUCUACCCAGAGGGCUUGGCCCAGCUGGCUCGGGCUGACGACUAUGAACAGGUCAAGAACGUGGCCGACUACUACCCGGAGUACAAGCUGCUCUUCGAGGGUGCAGGGAGCAACCCUGGAGACAAGACCCUGGAGGACCGAUUCUUCGAGCAUGAGGUGAAACUGAACAAAUUGGCCUUCCUGAACCAGUUCCACUUUGGUGUCUUCUACGCCUUUGUGAAGCUCAAGGAGCAGGAAUGUCGCAACAUUGUGUGGAUUGCUGAGUGCAUUGCCCAGCGCCACCGCGCCAAGAUUGACAACUACAUUCCCAUCUUCUAGCGGCCUGGCCCAAGGCUCUCAAGUGCGUGUGUGUGUCUGUGUGCUGUGACCAAGAUACAGCUCCCCUGCCUCCCCUGGGGGUAAUACAUUGUCAUAGCGGCUGCCAGCUUCCCGACCCUCUGCUCUUGGAUUUACAGAGGGACUGUGUACACGCUUCCCCCACCAAGGAUGGACCAAGGCCCCCCUCCAGAUCAAGGAAGACCCCUUCAGCCCUGUUUACAGCCGCUGACAUGUCUGAGAAGCAUGUGGUCACUUUUGUGCCCCUCCCUAACCGGAGAACCCCUGGGGCACAUGAGCCUCCUUUCCCCUCUGUGGGUCACCCCCAGAGCCAUGGUCCAGGGGAAGGAUCGUGUGUGUAUGUGUGUGUGUGUCUUUGGGGCACGGGGGAAGUAGCUGUGCAUCCUCCUCCUUCAGCCCUGCCCCUCUGAACAAUAAACUGCCCUCUGUAAGCCCA